AUGGAGGGCGAGGGUUCCGAAGACCAAGACCAGGAUGCAAGAUCUGUAGGGGCGCUCAGCAUUCCGGCAGGCCUGGAAGCCCUGUGCCUUACUAGAUUCGACCAGCUCACGACUACGGGGCAGUUGAUUUACGAGCCCUCGACUGCUGAAACUGUUGAAGACCAAGGGUUCAUGGUCAACUUUCGAUUUGCGCCUCAUCUCCGUCGUAAACCUAUCACGCCCGCGGAUGCACCAGAACGCACCACCGGAAAAGGCCAUAAUCCAUUUCUCAAUCCACCUCCAAGUGAGGUACUCUCACCAGUUGGGCCAUAUCACCUCUUGCUCGUAAACAAAUUCAGUGUCUACAGACCCAGUCUUCUGCUGAUCACCCGCGAGUUUUCACCACAGGCAGAUGGUCUUAGCCGCAAUGAUUUAGCCGCUGCUUGGACGAUUCUGUGUCAUUUCAAAGAACCAUACAUGAUGAUUUACAACUGCGGGUUCGAAUCUGGGUCAAGCCAAGGCCACAAGCACAUGCAGCUCUGGCCCUACCCCAAUGAACAAGAACUCGGUUUUAAGCUGUUCCCAAGCCAGGCAAAAUCUGAUGUGUAUGUCACAGAGCAGAUAUCCAACGUUCCACACAAGCACUUUGUGCUUCUCCUGCCGACGAGUGCUGAUCUGGAUACCCUUGUGCGAACCUACGAUAAGCUCCUCAGAUGCGUCCGUCAAAGCCACUGCGAAGCUGGCAAAGGUACCGACUAUAACGUGAUCGUUGUUAAGGAGUGGAUGUGCAUGAUUCCUCGGCGACAUAGUGGACUUGACAGAGGAGCUGGGGCGAACUCCGCUGCGAUGCUGGGGCUUGUGUGGACCAUAACUGGAACGGAAAGGGAAGUUUGGAAUUCUACUGGACCUGCCGAGUACUUCAAGUACUUAGGAUUACCGCGAUGA